AUGGCCACGUGUCAAUACGUCAUUGAGGUCAGGUCAUAUGACGUCAUUUUGGUCCAAACUAGAAAAUAUGUUUUUGAUUUCGAAUCUUGAUAACGAUGACGUCAUUCGAAAAACACUCUCUGUAGCGCAGGCUCUCUGAUUGGCUGAUCGCGUCAACUUGGGCGGGGCAUGAUGGCUUGAAAUUCCAAAGAUGAACAGAAGGUCUUGAAAAAAAAAUUAAACACUAAAAGAACGCUCCGCUUGGUUAGAGAACUUCAUGAAUUUUCAAAAAGCUUUUCUUGAAUAGAUAAUUUUGAUACAUGGUUUAAAAAUGUCUUGAGGCUUUGAUGAUUAUGGAAAGUCUUGAAAAUAUUUCCAAAGAACUUUAUUUAAAGUGUGAGUCUGCGAAAAAGCUCUUUUCGAUAUCCGCAUUUUCUUAUACGGACCCUCUAUAAGUCUCAUUCUCUGGCUGAUUUACGAGGGAGCGAUUUUUUUCAAAUAUUAAAAAGAACUUUUUGCUGCAGUCAGGAAUUUUCCAAAGACUUCUAAAAAGUUUUUAAAAAAAUAGUUUUAAAAUUUCUUCCGAGAUUUUUUUCGACGUUUCCUAGCGAGGAAUGAACUGUAAGAAAAAAAUUUUUAAAAAGUAAGUUUCUGAAUUUAUUUCCAAAUGUUUCUUUUCAGAAAGAUCACAUAGUAUGAUAAAAAAAUUCGAAAGCGUACCGAAAUAAGAUUCGAAUCGGCGGGAUAAAAAAACAACAUAAAACAGAAAAACAUUAAAUAAAGAAAAAAAGAAAAAAAGCCAAAAAAAUAAACAUAAAAAAAGCUCGAAUUUUAUUUUUUUGUACGAAAUUUUAAAAAAAUUCAAUAUCCGGAGAUUGCGUCGCUGUGUCUGCGAAGUUUAAUGCUACAGUAAGCCAAUGAAAACCAUUUUUUGCGUUUUUUUUUUCGCUUUUUCAAAACAGUUUUUGACAUUUUAUAGAACUUUCUUUGAUUUUACGAUAGGAAAAAGUGCCAGAAUAGCGACACAAGAAAUUGAUUUUUAAUUCUUCUUCUGGACUUUGUCAGCGACCUUCAACAUUUCGUAUAUUCUUUGAGCAUAUUUCGCUCUCGCAAGUUUUUUUUAAAUUUCGAAAUACAUGAUUAUGCUUCCAAUCUCUCAUUUCAAUUGAGAAACACAAAUUUUGUCAAUUUCUGUUUGACUUACUUCCAACAGCCAUAAGAAAAUAUUUUUCAACUCAAUCGAACUCCAAUAAGGCUCCCCAAGAACAUUUUCUCAAGAGACCACAGUCCAAAUGCUCAACUCCGAAAUAGCGUCGGCCAAGGUCUGAAUGAUAAAAAAGCGGUGCGGAGGGUCUCGAGUUGCCGGAAUGUGGCUGAGCACUUCUCGCAACACAAUACCCAGGCGAUAAUCUUCUUUUGUGGGAGCAACGGCGAGAAAAGUGUCCGGCGGCGCUUUUUGACUUUCUUUUUUUUUUGAUUCCGGUGCAGAGUCACACGUUUUUGCCAGAGGUAGGCGUGUGCCGCUGGCGUGGCCGGACCGGUCGCCGCCGGCUACUCUUCUCGCCUCGUAUUUAAGCGACUCGAGACGAUGCCGAAGACAUCUUCGAGCAAUCGUCUCCAACCAACACUCGACACCCAUUUCCACUAUGAACUCCAUCAUCACGUUAGUUCUCAUUCUUCGAUUUUCACUUUUUUCUGUUUUUUGAAACUUUUGCUGUAGCUUUGAGCGACUUGACACUUUCAAAAAGUUUUCUGAAAGUUUGAAAAAUCUCCGUGAAUUACGAUGAAAAUGGCCUUAGAAAGUUUGGAAAAUUUGUCUUUAAUCCUUUAAAAACUUUUUUGAAAAUUUCCUGGUUUUUCUUUUUAAAAUCGAUUUUUUUUUUCCGAUUUCCAAAAUCUUCUGGACUUGAUCAGAAUCGAAACCUUUUCGUAUCGGUAACUUCAUUCAAAAUUCUAUUUUAAAAAAUUUCUAUGUCCUAAUAACGUGAAUACCACUGAGUAGACUACAGAAAAAAGUUGAAACUUUAUCAAAUCUUAAAAAUCCGAACUUCACCUAAAAAACCAGCGGGGCUCAUUUUCUGGCUUUCCAAGCUUCUACAGCAGAAGUAACAUAAGCUUUAGAUUCUGAGAAAAACGUGUACAGAAUCUCCUACUCAGAAUCAAUAUUCUCACUUUACAGUGUGCUGUUCGCCGGUCUGGCACUCACCUCGGCCCAAAUCGCGGUCAACGGACCCUUCAUGGGACGUUACUACGUGCCGUCGAAGCCUCUGCUGACUCCUGGACUCGCGCCAGUCGCUGCUCCAAUCGCCGUCCCAGCCUUCGCGCCACCAGUCUUGGCUGCCCCAGCUCUUCCAGCUUUCGCGCCUGCUCCAGCUCCAGUUUUGGCUGCUCCAGCUGUCCCAGCGUUCGCCCCUGGUCCAGCUCCAGUCUUCGCCGCCCCAGCUUUCGCUCCGGCUCCAGCCCCAGUCCUUGCUGCCCCAGCUGUUCCAGCUUUCGCUCCAGCUCCGGCUCCAGUCUUCGCUGCUCCAGCUGUCCCAGCUUUCGCCCCGGCCCCAACUGUCCCAGCCUUCGCUCCGGCCUUCGCCCCAGCUCCAGUUUUGGCUGCCCCACGACCGGUCUUCGCUGCCCCAGCCCUUGCUCCAGCUCCAGUUUUCGCUGCUCCAGCUCCCGUCCUCGCUGCCCCAGCCGUAGUUCCGGCGUACGCUCCGUUCGCCAGGUCGGCCUUCCUCAUCGGAAGCAACAAGGCCAAGAAGACUGCGUAAAUCUGCACAGGCUAUCUCGUCGAGUGUUUCGAAUCGUUUUGAGCGAUUGUUUGUAUAUAUUGCGCACCAACGACAUAAAACCUUUAAUAUUAUUCUGUUUUGUUUCAAAUUGAAAAGGAUGAAGAAGAAAAGAACAAAGGAAAGUAAUAUUGCAAAAACGAAAAAAUGUGAGAAGAAGAAGAAGAGAACUUGGAUACUUUUAAAAAGCUGUAAAAACCAAACUUAGAUAGAAGAAGUCUCAAUAGAAGAAGCUGAGAAAAAAGAGAACCGCAAAAAAAAAAAUGAAAAAGAAGUUUUGAAAGUUUUCAGAAAAGCUGAACUUAAUUUACCCAACAGUUCAAGAAGAUCAGAACUUCUAAAUUGUUCAGUGAAACUUAAAAGUGGGAACUUUUAAAACCUUAGAAUCGAGUUUCAACAACUCCGCUCUCGAAAUCUAAAAAAAGGUACCGCAAGCUAACUUCCAAAGUCAGUCAAGUAUAAACCUAUAUGGAAAAGAAGCUGAUGACAUCUGAAAGACAACUGCGAGUACAGAAAAAAAAUAUGAAGAAAAUAAGAUAUAACUUAUGAGCAAAAGAGUGGCAUAAACGGAGAAACCACUUUUAUGUAGAAACUUUCGUCAGGGAAAAAUGAAUAUUCAAGAAAAAAAAUUAAGAGAUCAAGAAAAAAGUUUUUGAAAAAUAAAAAAAUAACACUCAAACCGUGUCGUCACCUAUAUAUCUUGGCGCGAAAUUUGAAGUUGGUUGUAGAUUUACGCUGAGUAUUCGAUAGAUUAUAUUUUAUUUAUUUUCACCGCUUUGACAAGAAAGGCAAAAAAAUAUAUGUCUAUGACCAAUUUACCAUUUCUCACGUUAUUUUUGCGUCAAAAAAGUCAAAAUUUAGACAUUUCAACUUUUUUUAUUCUUGCAACUUAUAAUAUUUCUUCGAAUCGUCUUGUUCUCUCGAAUGGCUUGUCCGGGGAUCUAUUCUCUCUGCGCUCCCUCGUAGCCGCUUACGACCACAUCACGUUGAAAACACGCCAUCCCGUCCGAUCUGGCAAGUUAAGCAACGUUGAGAGCCGGUAGUACUUGGAUCGGAGACGGCUUGGGAAUUCGGCUUGCCGUAAGCUUUUUUUGCUGUUUUUUUUUGUAGAAGUGUUCUUUUGAAGACGGUUUUGUUACCGAGAAAAAGGUUAGAGCAUUCUUCCGAGUUCUUUGUUUAAGAUAGAAAAAAAUUUUUAUGAACUCGCUGAAAUAAAUAUUCCUCUGUGAAGGAUUUCCGUUGAUCAGGAAAAAUUUUUUUACUAAUUCUUUUUCUAUCUGUUUGUAUAAAAAAAUCGACUUCGUCAAAAAACACAGGGUGGAGCAAAAAAAGUUUUUUUGCAGAGAAAAAUUUUUAGUAGAGCAGGAAACAGUCCUGCAGAAAAAAAGGUCGAAAAAUUUAAUUUUUCUUUCAUUGAUUUUCGUGUUGAAAAAAAGAUGCUUGGAAACUUAUAACAAAAAUUCUUUUUAUGAAAAAAAUAUCGAUAGUCUUUGAAAUUUGGAAAAAAAUGAGCUGAAAAAAAUUAUAUUUAGAUAAAACUUUUUCUCUAGUUCUAAGCCUCCACAGCUAAAAUUACCGAAGCCUGAAACAGUGAGCUUUGGCAGUGGCAAGCGCGAAACCAAACAAAAAUCGCAGAAAAAAGUGGGAAAAAAGUCGAAGAAGCCUCGCGCCAUGAUGGGCGCCGCGGAGGCGACAGCCAAAUGACGUGAAGGACCAGUCCAGUCCUGCCGACUAUUUAAGCUAUCGGCGUGCAGGACUGAACACCUGAAGAAAGCCUUCGGCUCCACCAGCACUUCCAACAUGCAAACCGUCGUUUCGUGAGUCGCAGUAACUCUAGAGGCUUUUCAAACGGAAAUUACAGUAUCCUCGUCGCGGGACUCGCCCUGACUUCGGCGCAAGUCGCGGUGAACGGACCAUUCAGCGGACGCUACUACGUGCCGGCCAAGCCGAUCAUCACCCAGGGAGUCGCGCCCGUCGCAGCUCCAGUCGCCGUCGCGGAGCCCGUGCUCGCCGAGCCAGUCCUUCCGGUCGCACCUCCACCAGCGCCCGUCUUCGCUGCUCCGGCUCCAGCUCCCGUCUUCGCCGCUCCAGCUUUCGCUCCUCGACCAGUGUUCGCUGCCCCGGCUGUCCCAGCUCCAGUCUCAGCUUUCGCUGCUCCAGCUCCGCUCCCAGCUCCGGCUCCAAUCUUCGACGCUCCGGCUCCAGUCGUUGCUCCGAUGAUCCCAGCUGUGCCAGCUUUCGCUCCUCGACCGGUCUUCGCUGCCCCAGCUCCAGUCCUCGCUGCUCCAGCCCCACUUUUGGCUCCCCCAGCUCCAGUCCUGGCCGCUCCAGCCCCAUUCCUUGCUCCUCCAGCUCCAGUGCUCGCUGCUCCAGCUGCCCCACUCUUGGCUCCUCGUCCAGUCCUGGCUGCUCCAGCUCUUCCUGUCGCUCCGGCUGUCCCCGCGUACGCCCCCUUUGCUCGUGCCGCUUACUUCAUUGGAAGUAACAAGGCCAAGACCUUCUAA